AUGAAAUGGCACACUUCCCUUCUGGUCACGGCUACACUGUAUAUCAUCUACGCCAGGCGUGUGUCUGCAACACAUCCUAAAGCACAGCUGAGCCGUAUCUGCUGUGGCGCUCAUCAGACCUUACCAGAUAGACUACCAAUCGAGUUAAAUCCUGCCACGCUCGUCCAUGACGACAAGCACCGCCAGAAUCCGACGUUUCUUAUCGUCUACCCGGCUUCCUUCAUGGCUUCGAAGACCGCAUUCAUGGCUCCUCAGAUUCGAUACGAUCUCAAGCGAAACACCCAAGGCUGUGUACCAAAGCUCUCGGACGACGAUGCUCGCGAGAUCCUUAAUCUCUCGGGAUCCUACCUGGGCCGGACGCUUCCUGGUUCAAUCAUUGACCCGGCCAUCAAUCUCGCACUGCUGCAGAUCGCGGCGAAAAUGCACGAGCUCCUCAUUGUCGCGAGUGUUGCCACGGUCGUGUUACAUUUCAUUCGCAAGGAGCUUGUGCAUGGGGAAGGGCUUCCACUGGGUAUGUUGAUGGGAGCUUUUAUGUUCUCUGGGCUCAGCUAUUUCUGGUCACCAGAGCUGAUAGGCUCGUGGGGCGCCGAAUUCGCUUUUUCCUCGAAGAUCCGCAUUCUUAUCGUUCUGCUAUUUGCAGGCCUCUUUGCAACGCUUGCAGGGCCGGCUUCCGCCGUUCUCUUGAUCCCAGAAGAGCAGCCGUGGAUUGCUGGUGGCUCAACGUACUACCUCCCUGCCAGCGUUGAUCAGCUGUGGCCCACCAUGAUCAAUGCAUCAACGGACACGAUGCGAGAGCUGUGCUCCGAAGAAAAGUUAGAGCAUGGACUCUGCCUCACAGGAGGGUAUCUCUCGUUAUGGAAUGCCAGAGAUCUGGUUGAUGUCUUCAGACGACCGGCCUAUAUCCCUGGAAGCCGUCACAAUCUGACCACCAACAUGAUCCUCGGUCCAAGAGGAAUUGAUGUCACCAACAACCUGGAGAUGACGCGAGGCCUGCGGUACUCGGGAAGUUUCCGUGGAUAUGCGUGUGAGACGGCCGUGAUUGGCACACGCAUUGUGGAUGCCAUGUAUCACAAGCGGCUUUUGCAGGACUGGGUGACUGAGGUCAUGGCGAUUGGGCUGAAUUCCAGGUGGCUUCGUCCCACAGAGUCGAAUUACAAGUACUUUCGAAGCAUAACGGCAACAACGUCUUCUAGAGUACCGGCUGUCCGAGUCUCAUGUACAUCUGCACAACAUCUAUCCUCUAGGUCUGGCCGAUUGGAAAUGCCGGUACUCGGCGCAGAGCACUGCUCGCCAUCCACCAAGGCAACUAGGUUCGUCCAGCACGACUGGUUGGCCGAUCCAGAACUCCACCAGUUUCGCGCAUUCUGGAAAGAUGGACAACGCGAACUCGGCACUGCAAGUGGGAUACUGGUGGUCGAGCUACCCACAGAUCCAAAUGAUGAGUCGAUUGCAGUCGUUGGUUGUGCAGUCGAUGCGAGAUGGGCGGACGGCAGCACCAUCACCAGUGACCUAAGAUCCUACGCGACGUCCUCCAAUCUCGACUUGAAGUUCGAUGCCCCCGUCAGCCUGGGACCGGUCUUCAAAGGUCCCUCCACGAACCUGGGCCAGACUUCAUAUUCAGAAUUUCGCCCUGUCCAGUCCAAUCCCUCGUCCACCAGGAUAACAUUAAGUCGAGACUGGCUUUUCAGCUCAGUAAGCACAAACUUCAAUCCAGACAAUUCAACCGUGACACCAUCAAGACAAGGAGGCUGGACAGCCGCCAACUUCCACACCUUCCUCGGCAAUACGAGCAUCUUCUCUGAUAUCGUGGGAUCUCUAGAGGCCUCCAUCGAGAAAUGGAACGGAGAGACCCCAGGUACUGUGAACCGCACCGUCGCGCUGGAGUGGCUACUCGCGCUGGUGGUCACGGACGCCCUAUCCCGGACGGGAAGCGAACAUAUCCUGAACACCACGGGCCCCGUGUCCUCCUGGACGAUUCGAGACUAUGUUCACGCACGUGAUUUUCAAAACGAGCUGUUCCGUGGCGGGCACGCCCUCGUUCGCCCAACAGUGGAUGGCCAGCACCCGGUCGCCACGGAAGCGAAGCUGGAGAUUACAAUCGGCGGCUUCUCGUACCAAGCGAUGUCGCUGACGGACUAUCUAGCCAUUGCACUACUGACACUGCACAUCGUCGUAUCUCUCAGCCACGUGGCUCUGCUGUUCCGUAGCGGCGAAUCGUCCAGUGCAUGGGCGUCGAUCGCGGAGUUGUUGGUGCUGGCGCAGAACUCGCGGCUGGCGGACGUGGCGUUGAGAGAUGCGAAUGUCAGUAUCGCCUGUGCGGGGACAUAUGCAAAGAUGGCGAGGGUUUACACUGUCACGCCGUGGGAUGCUGUUGGUAGGAGAGAGGGUCGGGCCAAUGUUGAAAUGCUGUUCGAUGAACGAAUGGACAGAGGGAACGCUGGUAGAGAUGUUGCUCUUGGGGCUCUUCAUCAUAGGGGACAAAUGCCUUGGCUACAAAGGAGAGAUGGUGGGACGAUUGUUGUCUUGGGAAAUGUUGAGCGAGAUGUCGUGUACGGCUAUGCAGAUGGCAGGGCAGGCUCGAGUACUGGCCGAAGGCUUUCGUCAGAUCGCGCCACGAUAUAA